GUAAAGGAGAAAAGUUCCUAUUAUUUAACAGUAAAUCUGUCUAUCUGCUCACUGGGAAACGUGAGAAGAACCAAUCCCUUAAAGUAUUUAGUACCAAGUGUGCUUUAAGAGAAAAUGACUGCAUGACAAAGGACUGGAAAUGUAAAUAAACAGUGAAAACUGAGCCAAGGGAGACUCCUGGUGGUGAAAGAAUGACAAACCCAACAAACAUCAGUCCCAGUAGCAGAAAGAAAUAGUUUGAAAUGAGUCCUUUGAUUUCCUCCCUCCCGGACCAGCUUCGUUGCUGACAGAUUGGAGUUUAAAGAAAGAUUGUAAAAGGAAGCUCCAGCCACUUAUGUGGAUGUUCUCUACUGAUGAUGCACAACAGGCUCUAUACAGUAAAAUAAACUGCUAUACUUUAAGUAUGUCAGACUGCUAAACAUGGAUUGUGAUGUUCUAAACUCUGGAGGGUAUAAAUGAAGACAUAAAGCAGCAUAAGCUGAGGUUGUACUCUGUGAGCAGGAUGUACUUUUAGGUUGAAUUCAUCCAAUCUGGUGUCACAAACUCUUUCAAUAGUGGCUACAGAAACACCAAGCUGAUACAGAAUCUCCUCUUCCUGGGUUGGACUGAAACGUGAAAACUCCUCCUCCUCUUCCUGCUUUCAAGAACAACCAAUCACAUUCAGUUCAUGUGUUUCCUGCAACCCUUCACAGAUCUACAAGUCCACAUAUAGGUGUAACCAACAUGUUGUGAAGUGCAAGUCAUACCAGAGAGUGAAUGUGAAGAGUUAGAGAUCAGUUUUUUUGUCUCAUGUGAGAAAGUGAAACUAUCUGACAUUCAGCGUCUCUGAGAGGUGAAAUGGCGCAGCAAGGAAUUCAGAUGGACCAGGAGAAAAUCUGCUGUUCAAUCUGUUUGGAUCUACUGAAGGAUCCGGUGACUAUUCCCUGUGAACACAGCUACUGUAUGAACUGUAUUGAAGACUGCUGGGAUGGAGAGAAUCAGAACCAUAUCUACAGCUGUCCUCAGUGCAGACAGACAUUCAGACCGAGACCUGAUCUGAAGAAAAACACCGUUUUAGCAGAUUUAGUGGAGGAAGUGAAGAAGACCAGACUUGAAUCUUCUCCAGCUGAUCUCUGCUAUGCUGGACCUGGAGAUGUGUCCUGUGAUUUCUGCACUGGGAGAAAACUGAAAGCUGUCAAGUCCUGUCUGCAGUGUCUGGUCUCUUACUGUGACCAACACCUCCAGCCUCACUAUCAUGUUGCUGCAUUAAAGAAUCACAAGCUGGUGGACCCGUCCAAGAAGCUUCAGGAGAACAUCUGCUCUGCUCACAAUGAGGUGAUGAAGAUUUUCUGUCGCACUGAUCAGCAGUGUAUCUGUUAUCUGUGCUCCUUGGAUGAACAUAAAGGCCACCACACAGUUUCAGCUGAAACAGAAAGGAACGACAAGCAACGAGUUGUUGGGUUGAAUCAAGAGAAGAUCCAGCAGAGAAUCCAGGACAGAGAGAAAGAUGUGAGGAUGCUUCAGCAGCAGGUGGAGGUCAUCAAUCAGUCUGCUGACAAAGCUGUAACCAACAGUGAGGAGACCUUCAAAGAUCUCAUCUGUCUCAUUGAGAAAAGAAUCUGUGAUGUGAAGCAGCAGAUCAGAUCCAAGCAGACAGAUGAGGUGAGAAAAGUCAGAGAUCUUGAGGAGAAGUUGAAGCAGGAGCUUGUUGAGUUUAGAAGGAUCAGCUCUGAGCUGGAGCAGCUCUCACAAACAGAAGACCACAUCCAGUUUCUACAUGAUUAUCCUUUCAUGUCACAUCUCAGUGAAUCCACAAACCCAGCCAACAUCUCCAGUGUUCACCGUCUGCAAUACUUUGAUGACAUUACAGUGGCUGUGUCAAAGACCACAGAUAAACUCGAGGAUAUUCUGAAAGAAGACUGGACCAAGACCUCACCAAGAGCAGAGGAUGAUUCAGGAUUCAAGAUUCAGUCACAGAUAUUACAGGAUCUUUCAAGAUUAAGAACUGAAUUAAGGAACGUAAUGGAUGUUAGCCUAUUGAAGACCCUGUCACCAGCAGAACCAAAGACCAGAGCUGAGUUCUUACAGUAUUCACGUCACCUCACAUUGGAUCCAAACACAGCAUUCACACUGUUGUUAUUGUCUAAAAGGAACAGGAAAGCAACAUUAAAUCGACCGUUUCAGUCAUAUGAUCAUCAUCCAGACAGAUUCAUGGACCAGCUGCAGGUCCUGAGCAGAGAGAGUCUGACUGGACGUUGUUACUGGGAAGUUGAACAAAGAGGAACUGCAACUACAGUAGCAGUCACAUACAAGGAUAUUAGCAGAACAAGACGAGAAAGUGCAUUCGGGUAUAAUGACAGAUCUUGGGCUUUAGAUAAUUCUGCUCAGUUCAUUAAUGCUAAAUUCAUUCACAACAGCAUCAUCACUCCCAUCUCAGGUCCUCCGUCCUCCAGAAUUGGAGUCUAUCUGGAUCACAGUGCAGGUAUUCUGUCCUUCUACAGAGUCUCUGACACCAUGACUUUGAUCCACAGAGUCCAGACCACAUUCACUCAGCCUCUCUACGCUGGAUUUACAGUUUUUGGGUCUGUUGAACUGUGUGAGCUCAAGUAGACAGAUGUUAUAAAGGAGCCAAAGAGUUAAAAUCUGUUCGUGUGAACUGAUCUUUGUCUCUGUGCUGUGGUGUUUUGCCUCCAAAAGUCUUAAAUAUUUGUUAUUGAGUGUUGACUGGAGGGAAUCUUUGACUUUCUGCACACAUAAAAACCAUUUUAAUCAAAGCAGAUGUUGACCUCAAAGUGUGCAGCUGCAUCAAGUAGAAUGAAAGUACGAGGACGGAGAAUCAAACUUGCUCCAUCAUUUUCAUUUGUGACUCUGAAAACACUAACAGUCAGAAGGUAAAAUGUUGCUGGGCUUCAUUAAAUGUGCUAAAGUUAUUGUACAUGACUUGUGGGGAAAUGAGCUUCUAAUACUGUUGUGUUUGAAAAUCCUGAUUGCCAAUGGGAAUGUUUGUUCAGUACAAAAAAAUGUAGAGUUGAUGAUUUUAACUUUGUUUUCUAAAAUGCUUAAGAAUGUAGACCUGUAUUAUUAUUAUGACUCUACCAAUAAUCAAUAAGGACAACACUGAUUAUCUUCUCAUACAGUGGAGACAAACUAACUGAACAGACUGGUGGUGGAUGAAAUGAAUAAAAAAAAGUCAACAUUUAUUGAUUUGAUCAAUGAAGUUGAUUUUUUCCUGAAACAAAUAAUGUCUCAUGAGUUUAUCCUCGAAAAUCAGUGUUUAGAAAGUGACAUUUUCUGAAUGAUUUCUGUGUUAUGAUGGUUUAUGUAUUGUAAACAAAAAAAAUAUUAAAACAGUGUUUUGAGAAACAGGA